CAAGCCGUCCCACACACCUCGUGAGCCGGCGAGGAGGGGCGGCUGCCAAACGGGAAGCGAGCAGCUCAGUGGGCUGGACCACAUUCCCGUGAUGUUGCUUGGAUAAGAGGAAGUCAUAUUUUCACCAAUAUUCAGACACCGAGGCGGACUAUCUGCUGGCCAUUUUCGGACAGGACGACCGUGGACCACCCCCCCCCCCAAAAAAAAAAAAAAUUGGCCGGGUUUAACAAGGUUACUGAAGGGGUUUAAGUCCACGAUGAUGGAUAUGGAGGUGAUGCAUUCCGGACAACAGGACAUGGACCUGAUCGACAUUCUGUGGAGGCAGGACAUUGAUCUGGGAGCCCGACGUGAGGUGUUUGACUACAGCCACCGUCAGAAGGAGCACGAGCUGCAGAGGCAGCAGCAGCUGGCCGAGGAGAAGAGGCUGCACCUCCUCCGCGAGCAGGAGAAGGCUUUGCUUGCUCAGCUACAGCUGGAUGAAGAGACAGGGGAGUACGUGCCUCGACCGCUGCCCAGCGCCUCCCUGCAGUCGGCCGCCACCCCGCAGUUGGCUGCCACGCCUUUGCCGGUAGCACAGGACACAAGUUUCACACAGCAGAGUUCUGGGACAUUGUCAUUUGACGAAUGCUUGCAGCUCCUCGCUGAGACGUUUCCUAUCGAGGAAAAUGAGGAUGCAUCAGUUUCCCUGGACACGAGUACCGUCUCCGUCAGUAGCAGUCGCAGCAGCAGCGUUGUCAUGAUGUCUCCCGAGCAGCCAUCUUUGGCCCCACUUACGCUUUCACCGGGCCCUCCAAUAGCGUCCCAGUCACAGAAAGUAUCUCUGGAUAUUGAAGAGGCCUGGAUGGAGCUGCUGUCACUUCCUGAGCUGCAGCAGUGUCUGAGCCUACAAAUGGAAGACACACUAGAGACGACCUAUCCCCUCUCAAAAAGCACCGAAGCAGAGGAUCCAAACUACUCUUUUUGCCCAAUGUCUAGUCCAGUAGAAGAGAAAAACAAUUUAAAUAUGUGCCCUACAGUUUUUUUUAACACAUUUGAUAGCUCACUUCCCAGCAUGACAUCAGCCGACGAUGUGAACCGAAUGAAGUCAGAAGUUCCCCAGUUAAACACUCAUUUCAACCUUGAUUGCUUUUCCAACACAUUUUACCCUGACACCACUUUGGAGGAGAGCAGCAGUCAGCAGGACCUUGAGGGAGAAGAAUGCAAUAUCAUGUCUGAUGUCCAGAAAUUGUACAACCUCUCACCCAGUGAUACAUUUGAACAGGGCAGACAUAAUGCAUCUGCGGAAGUGCCCGACUUAGACUCUGGACUCUCCUCAAGUCCCCACGCUGGCUCCCCUGGGAAAUCUCUAUAUGGAGAUGAGGGUUUUGACGGGAGCGAUUCUGACAUGGACGAGAUGGACCAGAACCCUGGCAGCGUAAAAUCUGACUACUCUGAGAUGUUCUCUUUAAACUUUCAACCCGAUGAUGUUCAGCGAGCAUUUCCUCUGCCCACAUUAGCGGGCCAGCUUCAAAUCCAGGACGAGCCCAAAAAAGAAAUGUUAGAUCUGGUGGAGAACAAUGGCCACAGCUCCUCGCCCUCCACUAAAGACAAACGCAAGAGAAAAUUGGAUUUGCGUCACUCCAGAGAUGAGCAGAAGGCCAAGGCCCUCAAAAUCCCCUUCAGCGUUGACAUGAUCAUUAACUUGCCUGUCGACGACUAUAAUGAGCUUAUCUCAAAGAACCAGCUGAAUGAGGCCCAGUUAGCCCUGGUUCGGGACAUUCGCCGCCGGGGCAAGAACAAGGUGGCGGCCCAGAACUGCCGUAAGCGCAAGAUGGAGAACAUCGUGGGGCUGGAGCUGGACCUGGACUCGCUGAAGGAGGAGAAAGAGCGUCUGCUGGGCGAGAAGUCCCACAAUGUAUACAGCCUGAAAGAGAUGAAGAGGAAGCUGAAUAGCCUUUACCUGGAAGUGUUCAGCAUGCUCAGGGAUGAGGAUGGCAACUCUAUCUCGCCCUCCGACUUCUCUCUGCAGCAGUCGACCGAAGGCAGCGUCUUCCUUGUUCCGCGCACUAAAAAGACUUUGAUCAAGAGCUAAGACCAGCCCCUAUCACUCUUUUAAGGUACAGCAGUCACAUAGUCGUACUAUGCAAUGACAUUCUCAGCUUUAAACAUCAGUAGUGCUUAGUGUUAUCAAAAUACCAAAAUUCUGACUUCUGAUACUAUAGCUCCAUAUAUUAACUUGAUACAGGUCCUUAAAACCAUGGCAAAAACUUAAAAUGUCAGUAAAGAGCAGUGGAAUAAAGGCUAACAGGUAAACAGCUGAUUUUUAAAAAUUUGUAUUAAAUAAAAAAAUAAGGAUACUAAUUAGAAUACAUUUGAUAAAGUAACUUUUAAACACUUUAGAAGAAUUGACCAUUUUCUCAACAGGACAACUAAAGUUUAUAUGUGUAGCCAACACUGUACAAGUCUUAGGCCAUCACAAGUUUUAUUUUAGCAAUGAUAUCAUCAUCAAAAUAGAGCUACUAAGUUUAUCAUAGAUCUUCACCAAGGCUGAACUAGUGAUAAAAGUAAAAACAAUCCAUCGAACUUAGUUUUUGGGUUUGUUAGUCCAUCUAAAUGUUUAGCUAGCAGGCUAUUUACUGGAGGAUGGAGAAUAUGUGGGAGGUGCAAAUCUGAUUCUGGGAGUGAAUAGUUCUAUUGAUUCCAAGGUGACUCAUAAUAUAUAGAAACCCCAUCUGCACUCCAAUUUAGUUCCAGAGCAAAACACAUUCAUUUAAUCGCCAGUGUUCAGGUGGGAGAACUUGCAGCCACAUCUAUCUGGGUUUUGUGGAAACCCACAGAAUAUUUUUUUUUGUCAGCUAAAAAUCAAUGUUUGGUUUUGGAACUGGUACUUGGUGCAAAACUAGCAGCUCUUGGAGAAACUAUUGUCAAGUUUUUGUUCUUCUUAGAUGUAAAAAAAAAUUUAUAUUUUCUUUUAUACUCUCAUGCUAUGCGAUUUGUAAAUAGACAUGAUAUACAUCUGAGAUUAAUACAACUGUUACUGUAUGUGUAAAUAUUCUUACUGUAUAGUUUGUGUAUGCUAAACGAGAUUUCUAAGUAUAUACCCUAUGAUUUGCUCCCCAGGCUCUUAUGCUUUUCAAUAAAUCAUCCAAAGCUA